GCGGGCUUUCCGUUAAAAGUACGCCUUAACGUGGUUGCUGCUUUAUUUUUAGUUUUCGUUGCGUGGGGCCGGUGACUAGAAUUUGUUCAAAUUUCUUAUGAUGCCUAGCAAGUUUUCAGUCUUCACAUUUUGCGUUAGGGAGUUGAGCUCUCAUUGGAGCCAUGUUAAACUCGGACCUCCAGAUGCAAUUUUGGGAAUUACUGAAGCAUAUAAUCGUGAUGCCAAUCCUCGGAAGAUCAAUUUGGGGGCUGGAGCCUAUCGAGAUGAUAAUGGAAAACCGUUCGUCUUACCAUCUGUUAAAGAGGCAGAAUCACUCUUAUUGGCCAAAAAUUUGAACAAAGAAUAUGCUCCAAUCAGUGGUGUUCCCCAAUUUUGCGAUAUGUCCAUUAAGCUUGCACUUACUGAACAGUCUUCGCGAAUCAAAAAUCGUUGUAACGCUACGGUUCAGACAAUAUCUGGUACUGGAGCCCUUAGAAUUGGUGGAUCUUUUAUUAAUGCAUUUGCAGAACAAAAACAUAUAUGGAUGCCGACACCUACUUGGGGAAACCAUAAACCUAUUUUCAUAAACAGUGGACUUAAUGUGCACGAAUAUCGUUAUUACAAUAGUAAUACUUGUGGGCUCGAUAUAAAUGGUUUUUUGUCUGAUUUAUCAAAAAUUCCCAAAGGGCAUUUUGUUUUAUUGCAUGCUUGUGCACACAAUCCCACUGGUGUAGAUCCGUCAUUUGAUCAAUGGCAGAAAAUUGGAGAGAUUUUGCGGUCACGUGAUUUAAUUCCAUUCUUUGACAGUGCUUAUCAAGGAUUUGCCUCUGGCAAUAUUGACAAUGAUGCAAAAGCAAUACGUUAUUUUACUGAUGAAUUAAAUUUCCCAACUAUAUUACUUGCACAAAGUUUUGCUAAAAAUAUGGGAUUAUAUGGUGAACGUGUUGGUGCUUUCACUUUACUAUGUUCAUCUCCUGAUGAAGCUGAACGAUGUUUAUCACAACUUAAAAUUAUUAUUCGACCAAUGUAUAGUAAUCCACCGAUUCAUGGCGCACGUAUUGCAGCAGAAUUAAUGUCUAAUCUUGAUCUACGUCGAAAAUGGCUCAUUGAUUUAAAAUCUAUGGCUGAUCGUAUUAUAACAAUGCGUCAAAGUUUAAAAAAUUGUCUAAUCAAAGCAGGAUCUCAUCAUGAUUGGUCACAUAUCACUAAUCAAAUUGGAAUGUUCUGCUAUUCUGGGCUUAAUCCAUCACAGGUUGAAAAAUUGACCAAUGAAUAUUCAAUUUAUUUAACUAAAGAUGGACGUAUUAGUAUUGCUGGUUUAUCAUCGACAAAUGUCGAGUAUUUAGCGCAUGCUAUACAUCAAGUUACGAAAUAAUUGCAAGUAUGCAAUGGAAAUCUUUGUCUACUAUUUUUUUUUCAUUGCUGUUAUUAUUAUUAAGUUAAGCGUACACAUUAUGGUGAAAUAAUUUCAAACGUAGUUAAAUGCUUUGUCGUAUGCUUCGUCCAUUCCUAAUUGUUUUGUGGUGUGUAUCAAUGGUAAUGUAUAUUAUCAUGAUUAUUAAACAUAUUUGUUUUCACUAUAACUGAUCAUUUUGUUAUAAACCACCCAAGUAUAAACCGGUUUAUAAUCAUAAUAAUCAUUGUGCUUUUUUCCUCUUUUCUAUUUUGAUAGAAAUUUUUAUAGCUAUUUGCUUAAAACCAUGUCUAUGUAACAGCGCUUGCAAUAUUUUUUUUAAAUAAUCACUGCUUUUUCAAUGUAAAGUCUUUUUUUUCUACAUGCGUUUCAUGUUGUAACAUCAUACCGUUGACUUGAUUCUUAUUAUAGUGUACUUGUGAAGGUGCUAAAUUUCGACAGAUCUAAAAGAUUUACAGUCAAACAUAAUUGAUGAGUACUGUAUUAUUUAAAGUCUCUAACUAAUGCCUGCCUAAGUACAGGAUAUUGACUAGUGUAAAAGUUGGAUGGAAGAAGGUUAGAGAUGAGGAAAUCAGGCUACACGUUUACAAUGUAACUAAUGAAUCGUGAUAUCCCACCAGAAACACCAUCUUUAUUUUGUCUUCUCGAAUCAUAUUCUCAACACUUUGAUUUUAUCGCUAUCAUUAUCUCUUAUCCAUUCCUAUUCGUCUUCAUAAUCGUGUUGAUUACGACUGACUGAAUCGUUGCCUCAUAUCGUAACUAGUCG